AAUAUUAAUCAUCUAUCUAUAUUCAUCGGGUACCCGAAAACCCAACCAAAAUCGCUGGAAACCCGAUUAUCACAGUCACUAUAGAAAUAAAUAAAUAAUCAAUUAAAAAUUAGAAAAAUUUGUGUGAGCAAAUUGAAAUACGAUGGGAGAAGCCAAUAAUACAUCAAUCGAGGACGAUUUGCUUCUUAAAUCCUUCUACGCCGAAGUCAGCGAAGUUGAACGUGAUAAUGAAGUCGUCAGGAUUCUAUCGUGCUUUAAGCUAAAUGCGUUUGAGUAUCUUAAUCUACCGUUCGAUUCUGCCCCGGAAGAUGUGAAAAAGCAAUAUCGUAAGUUAUCCUUGCUGGUCCAUCCUGAUAAGUGUAAACAUCCCAUGGCGAAGGAAGCUUUUUCGGCACUAGCAAAAGCCCAGCAGCUAUUGCUCGAUCCACAAGAAAGGGAGUAUCUUGUAAACCAAAUUAAUGCAGCAAGAGAGGAACUGCGGGCAAUGAGGAAAAAGGAACUGAAGAAAGACAUCGCAUCUAAGCUGAAGUCACAAGUCGAUGAGGGAAAAUAUGAGCAAGAAUAUGAAAAGUCAGAUGAAUAUCAGCUUCAGCUAAAAUUGAAGGUUCGGAAAAUACUAACCGAUCAAGAGUGGCGAAGGAGAAAAAUGCAGAUGAGAAUUUCCGAAGAGGAAGGUAGAUUAAAGAAGGACGAGGAAGAAUCUAAAGAGAAUUGGAAGCGGAAGCGUGAACAUGAGGAGCAGUGGGAAGGAACUAGGGAAAACAGGGUUUCUAGCUGGAGAGAUUUUAUGAAAGGGGGAAAGAAGGUGAAGAAAGGCGAACUACGACCACCAAAGCUGAAAACAGAAGAUCCCAACAAGUCGUAUGUUCAAAGGCCUGUGAAGCGAGGUUAGGCGUGAUUACAAAUGAUGUUAUCUACUUAAGUAUGUAACUUGAAAGAAUCAUCUAGUGGUUGAAUACGAUAACCUUGUAAUUUCUUAUUGUCAUUUGUAACCCAGUAUAAGAGCAUUGUAUAUUGCAUUUUAUGCCUUCAUAGUUACAUUCCAAUAUUCCAUCUA